GUCACCCCUUGUACCUGGGAGUGACACGUCAGCAAGUUUGUAAUGUGAACCCUGACCAUAGACCCGCGCUCUAUGUAGGACCUCAGGCAACACGGAAUUAAAACUACAGGGACCAACUAUGUCGGGAAAAUUGAGUAUUUUCCUGCCAUUUGUGGCGUUGUACGUGCUGGGUUAUACACUUGAAUGCGUGAACGGGCAGGACUACAGUUACGUGUAUGCGGACCGUAUGCUGCAGUUCUACGGCAGACCGCUGCAGUGGACCUGGUGUGUUGACGACCUCGGUGGUCAGCUCUCAGUGACAGAGAGAAACAGGCUUUGUGGUCCUGAUGAGGGAGAAAUCCAAGUCGACCAUGCAGACGUGCGGGUGGAGAUGGCUGAGUUUUGGCGGGAACAGUCGCACGACGGCUCCCUGCAAGAGAUGAUGUUGGACGAGAACGCGGACGAACUUGACCAGGAGGAGCGGCCGGAAAUACUCGCCAUGCUGCCGGACCUCUCCGGGAAACGUGUCCUGGAGCUCGGGGCUGGCAUUGGUCGUUUUACUCCGAGUCUUGCCGGACAAGCCGAUCACGUGACGGCCGUGGACUUCAUGGAAGCCUUCAUCAAGAAAAACGAGGAGACGAACAGACACCUGGGUAAUAUAGUCUUCCUGCAGGCUGACGUCACACGUCUGGAUCUGCCACCGGAAAGCGUUGACGUAGUGUUCUCCAACUGGUUGAUGAUGUACCUGGCGGACGAAGAGGUCUCUACACUUGCCGCCAAAGUUCUGUCUUGGCUGACUGAUGGUGGCUACUUUUUCUUCCGAGAAUCCUGCUUCCAGAAGUCCGGGAAUAAGAAGCGUUCCUUUAACCCGACCUUCUACCGCGGCCCGGCGGACUACAGCGCCAUAUUUUCAGCUGUGACGCAGGACGCCCGCUACGUUUACGAGGAGCAGUUCGCUGGACGGGCCGUAAAAACGUACAUUAAGCGCAAGAAUAACGGAAACCAGCUCUGUUGGCUGCUGAAGAAAGUCCGUCGUGACCGCUCGGAUGACGUGAAGUGACUCCAGCCAUUCCGGGAUUCCGUGUAAAUAUAACCCGUACGCUGAAGGUUACCGGGUACUGUACAUUAAGAGCAUACAGCUGAAUCAAGGUGACGCUUGAUGCUUCUUGUGUAGUUCAAUUUGUUGGUGCAUUAUUCUAGCUGCCCCAAUACUAGUAUUCUAGCUAAUGCAGCGGAAUAUUUGCUGACCUCGCCAAACGCCAGCCGACUUAGCGCCGACCUACUCCAAACCAUUAGUGGUUGGGGCGUUCGGGAAACCAAAUUCGUGAAAUGUGUGACAGGGGUUUUACAUGAGUUUGCUUUAUUUGUGGCCUUUCUAAUGAUAUGUAUGUACGGUAGAGUCAAACCUGCACAAAUAGUGACCACCUCUACAAA